CGUCAUCAGACAUCAAGUUCUAUUCUAGAGAAGUAGGCGUAGUGGCUAAACCGUAUGGUUUUAGAAAAAAAAAUGAAUUUGAUGGAGAAAAAAGUUGUUCUUCUCGAUGGAGGUACAGGCAUGGCGCUCGUACAAAUGGGUCAUUCAUUUAUAAACGAUGACCCUUUAUGGUCAGCCAUAGUUGUUGCAUCACAUCCCGAGGAUCUUAUCAAGCUUCAUACAGACUAUUUUAAGGCAGGCGCUGACGUUGUUUUAUCAGCUACCUACCAAGCAUCGAUAGAAGGUUAUCAAAAAAGACUGAACAUAUCAAGACAGGAAGCAGUUGAUCUUCUUAAAAAAGGAAUUGAUCUAGUUAAAGUUGCAAGGGAUGCAGUACAGAAUAUGACAGGCUAUCGUGGCGCAGUAGCUGCUUCAGUCGGCCCUUAUGGUGCCACACUUUGUGACAGAUCUGAAUACCAUGGUCGCUAUGCUGAUUCAAUGACCAAAGAGGAUUUAUGUAAAUGGCAUCUUCCUCGUCUGCAAGCGUUGAUUGAUGCUGAGCCUGACUUUUUGAUGGUGGAAACCAUUCCGGUUGUAAAGGAAGCUGAAGCGAUUCUUGACUGUCUUAAGCAGUUUCCUAACAUGAAAGCUUGUGUUACAUUUCAGUGUAAGGACGAUCAGAUGACCGCACACGGAGAAUUAAUUACGGAUGCUGUUUCAGCUGUGGUACAAAGUUCGGCCGUUUUGGGAGUUGGAGUAAACUGUGUCCAUCCGGACUAUGUGUUGCCACUUGUUCAGAAAAUAUCCACCCUCAAACUCAAUAUUCCAAUCAUAGUCAAACCCAACGGUGGACUCUUUAAACACGAUGGAAGGUCUAAAUCUAAAGACAACAUAUCAGACUAUGCUGAGGAAUGGUUAGAGGCUGGAGCUCGCUGGAUAGGAGGAUGCUGUCAUAUAUACCCCUCCGAUAUCGCUUUGCUGAAGAAAACUAUAGAAACCACCUUCAAUAGUCAGGAGAUAUUAACUGAUCCGUUGAACAGAAUUUAAAACAUUGUCUUAAGUCUGAUUAAUUUUCAAACGUUUUAUAUAAACGGUUUUUAUUUGGGUUAUUUUAGAGAAUUGCAGUAAAAUUGUUUUUAUAACAG